AUGGACCAUCUGGAUCGCCCUAAUUCCCGACUUGAACUAUCGCAUGGCAUGUUUCGCUUGCUACCCUGGCCCUCGACAAUAGGAGGGAAUAAGAUGAUGGAGGAAGUCAAGAUGCUGGCUCCAACCAACUGCACACUCAACUCGCUGUCUCUACCUCAACUCAAGCGCAAACGGUCCGACGACGCGACCGACGCUCCCACACCGACCAAGCUCUGCACAGAGUCGCUGGCCACGCGCCCGGUCGCUGCGACCGUCGUGAUCCCAGAGUCGCUCACCCCCAGCACCCCGACCACGCCGAGUGUCGCAGCGUCAAAUCCCCCGGUCGCGGCGCCGCUUCCGCCGGCGCAGGUCGUCAAACCGGCACCCACCACCAACCACUUGAGAGAUACCAUCACCGCACAACUCGGCCUCGAGGUGCUCCUCAAGCACAACGAACUCCGGUUGAUCGACCAGGAAAUCGCCAAGUGCCAGGUCGCCCUGGAGCAGCUGCGUCGCUGCGCUGAAAUCCCUUAUCCGGGCUCACGUGUCGCCGGUGGAUCCGCCGAUGUGAGCUCCGGCACGGGCGCAUCGUUGGCACCUGGAAAUGGUCCGCUGCCGAUGUCGCCCGCGCCAUGGGGAGUCACCGAGGGUCCCUACUCGCGCCACUACGCCCGCUGGCUGCUGCCUGAUCCGCGAUUUGACGGUGGCGAAGAUGGGUUGGCGAUCUCUCCGCUGGUCGAGGGUCGCUCUACGCGCGGAAACCCGGGUGACUUGGGCUCGCUGGCGGGCAAGACUCGUCCCCAGCGCGGUUCAACGGGUACCAAGCACACCUCCCUGUCCAGUGGAUAUCCCCUGGUCAAGGAGAAGCCUGGUCCCAUGCUCAUCCGGCGCAAGUCGGAUGGUGUUCUGGUCAAGCUGGUCUGUCUGGAUUGUCGCCGCGACAAUUUCUCUUCUACGCAAGGAUUUAUCAACCACUGCCGUAUCGCGCACAGUCGCAACUUUGCAAGUCACGAUGCUGCCGCCGUUGCCUCGGGUGAAGCGGUCGACGCGGACGACGCCGGGGUGGUUGUUGCUCGCAGUGAGCCGAUCAGUAGUGUUAAAGCUCCUGGCUACGUGCACCCUCUCAUCCGCACUGCGCCAAUUCCCACUCCUCCCAAGUCUAUGCCCACCGAGAAAGAGUUGGCGACCCCUGUGAAACCUGCUGCGGCUAACCUUUCCGCGGUCGCCACUCCUCCCGCCACUGUCCCAUCCAACCGUCGCCAGUCUGAGCUUGUGCGUUUGCCUCUGAACCCGCAGUUCCUGGCCUCGCCCGCCACGCCCCAUCUCUCCGCAUUGAUGAAGGCCCGCGGUGCCGGCUUGGACAUGGACAAGCUUGUCAGCGAAGCUCGCACGCCUGUGGACCUGGGCAGCCUCUCCGACGACGAAUCCGACGAAGAGUCCCGCCCGUCCAACUCCGAUCUCGAUGCAUCUCAGCUCAAUGGCCGCGUCGGCCGUCAGCCAAUGCGUAUUCCGAUUGCUCAAGCAGCCCAGCCCGAGAGUCGAAAGGCCUUGGAUCGCAUUCAUGGGCCGCUAAUAGAAGAAUCGACCCCAACGCGCCCCCAGCCCUUCUUGAACAUCUCUGGGCCGACUGAGUCUUCUCUGGCGUCCCACGACAGUCUUGACCGUGCCAAUCUCAGCCCGCACGCCAUGGAAUCGAACCAGGCCCCAAGUCUGGUCAGCGAUGAUGAAGAUGACUACGAGGCUGCCUCGGAUGACGACGGUCUCUCAUCUUCUGAGGCAGACGAUCAGGAAGAAGAGUUCCGACACAUUCACGUCGAAGACGAUGAUCGUGCUGCUGCUCCUGCCGCUGCAGAGGCGAAGCCUGGUCCAUCGCUCGCUAGCCCUGCGCCCCAGUCUGCCACACCAUUGUCGCAGCCACUGAAGCGCAGCCGCUCGAAGAAGAUGGGUCGGGUUCCUUUUGGGGAGAGUGAUGAUGCUCGUCAAAACCAUGCCCGUGUUAGCUUUGUCCAUUCUACUGAGAAUCCCACCAAGCCCAAGUGUGAGAGGAAGAACUGA